AUUCUCUUUGUCGGUCCAGAAUCUGAUUGGUGCAGGACUCGCAUUUGGCAGUGGCGCUCCUAUCGCUUGAAGCAUGCCCGGGGGGGGGGGGGUAUCCCUAUCCCUGCGGUCUGUCGAGUGUCGGACACACUGUUGAAACUAAAAUUCCUCGAUUCAGAGAGAAUACCGUCACCUCAACCACUAAGUGGUCAUCGAAAUACAGUUAGGUUAGUGUUUUUUAUUUCCAUUUUUUUUUGGAAGAAACGGCUGUUGUUCCCGCGAAACCAAUAUUUCACAGGCUCUCGCCAGAAUUUUUAUUUCAACACCUUUCCGUGUGUGCGACUACACUUCUACUUGAGGAAACUUGAGUGUACUUACAUGUAGUGCGGUUGUGUUUUUUUUACUGGAGGUACAAUAUUAUAUAGCCCGAACUUGAAAGGUUCACCAUGCACGCAGAUUGCUGGCCUGCAACUGAACAAAUCAUUUCGGUCAUACACAAGCACAGUUGAGAUGAGCAUAUGCAUGAAAGUAGUAGAUUGUUUGUAGCAAAGGUGAUGAGUAGAAAUUUCGCCCGAUACAGGCGGCGUGUAUCAGGCAUCGAAUCGGCGAAUGAACAUUUUCCCGUGACGUGUGCCGAACGCGGUGGCUGGCGGAACAGGGGUGACGACGGCUUGUGUCGUGUGCGGGGAGGUUGUCGUCGGUGGUCGGCGGACGCGGAGGGCUCGUAGAGGGGACAGUGGGGUCAGGUCCCGCCGGCACCCAUGACCAUGCUGAAGAAGGACAAGCCCAUGAUGUCGGUGGCCGCCAUCAUCCAAGGGGCGCAGGCGCAGCAGCUGUGGGCCAGAGGUCUGAGCCUGGAGAGUAGCCUGACAGUCAACACGAUGGGCCCGCAGUCUCCUCUCGACCUGAAGCCGGACACGGCUGGCCUCCUCAGUCCCGGCAACUUCAGCCCCACGGGGGGAGGGCCAAACAGCCCCAAUUCUUUCAGCAUUGGCCACAGCAGCCUGCUGAGCAAUUCGUCGGGUAGUCAGUCGAAAAGUUCGACUUCCUCGCCAUAUCCCCCCAAUCACCCGCUCAGCAAUUCCAAGCAUCUCUGCUCGAUCUGUGGCGACCGGGCGAGCGGGAAGCACUACGGUGUUUACAGCUGUGAAGGCUGCAAAGGUUUCUUCAAACGAACUGUUCGGAAAGACUUGUCAUACGCCUGCCGCGAAGAAAAGAACUGCAUUAUCGACAAGCGGCAACGCAACAGAUGUCAGUACUGUCGCUACCAGAAGUGUCUGGCGAUGGGAAUGAAACGUGAAGCAGUACAGGAGGAGAGACAGAGGACUAAAGAGCGAGACCAGAACGAAGUGGAGUCGACAAGCAGUUUGCACGCAGACAUGCCUGUGGAACGUAUUUUAGAAGCUGAGAAGAAAGUUGAAGUUAAAAUUGAACAUUCGUCUGACUUUGACGAUCCAGUCACAAAUAUCUGCAAUGCAACAAAUAAACAAUUGUUUCAGCUGGUAGAAUGGGCUAAAAGUAUUCCUCACUUCACAUCGCUUCCGAUGGAGGACCAAGUUGUUCUUCUCAGAGCAGGUUGGAACGAGCUGCUGAUCGCGGCGUUCUCGCACCGCUCGAUCGACGUGAAGGACAGCAUCGUGCUGGCCACGGGCGUGACGGUGCACCGCAACGCCGCCCACCAGGCGGGCGUGGGGACGCUCUUCGACCGGGUGCUCUCCGAGCUGGUGUGCAAGAUGAGGGAGAUGAAGAUGGACAAGACUGAACUGGGUUGCUUGCGGUCCAUCAUACUCUUCAACCCAGACGUGCGGGGCCUGAAGAGCAGCCAGGAAGUGGAGCUGCUCCGCGAGAAGGUGUACGCCUCGCUGGAGGAGUACACCAGGGUGAACCGCCCCGACGAGCCGGGCCGCUUCGCCAAGCUGCUGCUCCGCCUGCCCUCGCUGCGGUCCAUCGGCCUGAAGAGCCUGGAGCACCUCUUCUUCUUCAAGCUCAUCGGCGACGUGCCGCUCGACAACUUCCUCAUGGAGAUGCUGGAGUCGCCGUCCGACUCGUGAGCGCCCCGCUUCCUUCCCUCGCCCGCCCUCGUUCCCGCCCGUCGUCGCCUGCUCCCGCUUCCUCUCCCCGACCGUUGCGUCAGCUCACCUGCGUAAUGUUUAGCUGCUGCUGUACUAACUUCAUGAUUUUUAUUCCUUUUUUUUAAUUUGUGGUUUGACGGGUUCAUUUUAUGACCGGCGUUAUUCUGUGCUGAAUAACGAGGUACUUUUUUUUAUUCUCAACCAUGUUGAAUUGACUUUUGAAUUCCGAAAAAUUUUUAGACUGCAAAGUUGGUAUAUCUGCAGGAACUACGAGCAAAGUUAUCUGUUAAAUUUUGAGACAACUUUUGUUGAAUUUAAAGUGUGUAUAAUUUUGUAUAUUUUAUGCAAGUUAAUAUUUAAGAAAGAAAAGUUCACUUCUUCCUUUUCUAUCUUAAGAAUUUGUAUUUUACAACUAUUUUGUUAUGUAUUAUGUAUUUAAACUUUGAUUGUAAAAUUUUAUUUGUUUAUAUUGAUGUCUUUGUGUUAAAUUAACAUUUCUUGUUACUGUAGAAAUGAACAUAAUAAAUAUAAUUAUAAAUCUUUUCUAUAUUGUUUCCUAAAAUUUUAUUAAACAUAAUACACAAGAUGAUUGCAAACAUAAAUUAUAGAUAUGUUUAGUAAAAUAACUAAGUAUUUUGAAAAAACUGAGAUUGGGUUUGUAAUUUAUAUUUUGAUCUUGUGAGAAUAAGUCAUUGUUAAUAAAAUUAGUACAUACUGCAAAACUUUGAAGUAGGGAUUGGCUAGUCAAAUCCUCAAAUACCAUAAAAUCUUUAAUAUUUAAGGAUUCUAUAUUUGAUGGAAAAAAAAUUCAAAGAAAAAAUUAGAGGAAAUAAAAGUAAAUAAAAAAAUUCAACACUGAUAACAUCGAAAGUUUUGUUGGUCAGUAUUUUCCUUCAUGACUAUCCUGAUAACAUUCUUGAAGAUAUUGUAAGUUUAUUGUAUAAUAAUAUAAAUAAAAUUACAAUAUGAAUUGAUUCUUGAUUCUUCAUUUGUGACACAAUCAUAAGGGUAGAAUAUUUCACACUAUUUAUUUUACUUUUUUUUUUAUUAUUGCACCUUGACCCCUGGAUUUACAUUAGAGGGGUAUACUCUAGGUACUCUCUGGUAUUCGGAUUCGAGAAGAUUGGGCUAUGUCCCAUCACUGCUUUGAAGUCAAUACUAAAGUAAUUAUAGCCAAUAUGGAUCUGUGUUCACUUUUUUAUUUCUGUUCUAUUGCUUAAGGUAAGUUGUUAACCCAAAACAAAUACUUCAUUUAAAUGUAACAUGAUAAUGCUGCAGAAAUUUAAAAAGAAGUACAAAAGGAUAAAAUAAUGUUCAAGGCUACAUUCAAAACGAGAUGCUGUUACCUAUGUUAUCACUAACUAGUUUUUUUUACAUACAGUUUUGCUUCAGAGUCUACUUACAGCUUCAUUAAAAAAAAAAUUGUCAUUCAUUGACUACAAUAAGUUAUCAAUUAUACUAUUAAGUUUAUGGUUUGAUUAUAUAUUGCAGAGUUACUUAAAGAAAAAAAAGCUGAAUGCAGUUAUAAUUUUUUUUAUCUAAAAAAAAAGCUCUGGAUUGACCACUCAAGCAUGGCAACCUAGUGAUCAGUCACAAAGAACACUUUCUAUCAGUAAAACCUUCAAAGACCUCGCAAGUGGAUUGAAAAAUAAGAAAAAAAAAUGUAAUUUAUGUGUUUUUUUCUUGUUAGGUUUGUAAAUAAUGUGCAAUAAUAUAACUUAGAAGAAUUUCUAUAUAAUUAACUUCUUAGUACUAUGCAGGUAUUUUUGAAAAUUUAUUAUUGCUUGUAUACCUGUGCUGUAACUCGUUAAUAAAAAUUUAAAAUAAAAGCUAAUGAUGUAGUCAAGAUCACUUUUUUUUUGUGAAAUUUCUAGGCAAAGCCAUUCCUUUUAAAAUCUAAUGUUAUAUUUAACUUUUGUGAUUCCAUCCAUAUUUGUUGAAUUUCGGAUAAAUUACAUAGUGUUAGUGUGUAAGAGUAGAUUCUAAAAAUUGUUGUCUUCUACAUGUGUUUUAAGUGCAUGUAAGUAAGCUGUUUGGGAGAAACAACUUUUAAACAUAAUAGCAAAAUAAUGUUUGAGUGUAGUUGCAGUGUUGGAUUAUUAGAUUAUUACUUCAAAUUUUCGUGUUGAUCUUUUCAUCCUUACUAAUACAGCUCCAAACACACAUACGUAGGAAUACCAUUCGUUGCCAAGUACUUUAUUGUUAUGAAUUUGGUGUUGACUUUACUGAGUAUAGCUGUAUCCUGUCAUGUUCUGCUAGCAUAUGUUGUACCAGAAUUAUUAAUGUAAUUUUAAACAUCACUGCCGUAUUAAUAUUCUGUCUUGAUGAAGUUCUAUGUAGAAUGGUACUACAUGUUAAGCACUUAGUUAGAAUUUUUAAUCUAACUUUGUUGCAAUGUAACUGUCAAUUUGUUUUGGCCUAUCAAGUAAUUCAUGGCUCUUUGUUGUGAAAUUGAGUGGCACAUUAUUAACUGCUGAAGUUAUAUCCUCUUUUUCACAUUUUAAUGUCAAUUACAUAGAUUUAAUAUCAUUACUUAAGUGUCACUGUCAUUUCAUUUUUUUUGUUACAAAAUGAGACUUUUGUUCCUAUUAAAAAAAAAUAGUUUGGGUGUUUAAUUAAGAAUGUAUUUUUACCUUUUCCCACUGAAUUUAGUGAACUGUUUUUAUGAAAUGAUUAGUUUUAAUGAAACAAAAGCCUCAGUAUAGUAUAUACGUCUCCAGUCGUAGCUUUGAAUAUAUAUACUGUAUAGAAGUCGCGAGUGGAUAGGAUUUACUCUACGUUUUUCAGAAGCGUAUGAUGAGCAGCUUGGGAACUUCACCGCUGCAGUGCGCUGCCGUAACGCCCUGUAUCGUCUUAGUUGUUAUUUACACGUUAGAGCGCAGCGCGGUCGCCUGCUGUCAUUCCCCGCACCCCUCAUCAAUCAUUCACUGCAGCUCAACGUCGUUCAACAGGAGGGGGAAGGGGUGUUUGAAGAGUUAGACACUUGUCCGCUAGGGACCACCACAAGUCGAUGCCCUAGAGAUGGUGGCGAUUGCGGCGGUGAAUUAACCAACUACCUCAAAACCGUAUUAGAAAUUUUAACCUGGGCUGGCGACUUCUAUACAGUAUAUAUAUUCAAAGGUCGUAGGCAGGAAGCGUCACCAGCGCUAACUUCAUCAGAAAGAGCAAGUAUGGAUUGAAAGUCAUCCUUAGGUGACUCCUUGCCCUGGGUGAAAGUUGGAGUAGUGUCUUGCCCUGUUCACAGCCAUGUCUGUGCAAGUUACCGCUGUGUGUACUCCGGUAACAGGACAGGGUUACACACCUAACUUCAGUCAGUUUUCCUGAUUUCCUGUUUCCCCUCUCUCACAAAGCUUUUUUCCCUGUCCCAUUGACCUGUCUGACAAGGUCGAGGGUACAUUAUAAACAUAACUAAAACAAGUUUCAACAAAUAUGCAUAACAUACACAAUUUAAAGUUUGUGCAGUUAUCAUUUCCAUAAAAAUUAUUUAACUGACUCUGCCAAACUUAAAAAAAAAACUACUGUGUGUGUAUGUGAGAUCAAGUUUAUAAACGAUACACAUUUUUUUGUGAUCAGGCAAAAGACAUCAUAUUUAGCUUCAAAUUGUGUUUAAUUUAUUUUAGUAAAAAUUAUAUGCAGAUUAUUAACAACAAACAAUUUUAUUAUUUAAAUUCAUGCCAGUUAUAAGACAUUAAGAUGCUACUACAUAGAAAGAAAAAUUACUGAUACUGUUUUAUAACUAAGAUACAGUCAAUUUCCCUCCGUUUUCCUGGUUCUGAAACACACCUUUACACAUCUCUGUUUUUUUGCUUUCUUUCCUGUUUUCAAAAUUUUUCUUGUCUGCAGGAUUAAUAAGAGUUCAAAAAUAUUUUUAAUAAUAAUGUUUAUAGAGUUGUUCAUUCUAAACAAAAAAAAUUUUUUAUCACUUACAGUAAUAGAAUACAAAAAGAAAAUUUUAAUUUUAUUUUAUUCAAUGUAAAUAAUAGUUUAGAGAGAUAUGUUCUAAAGCUAGAGCAUCUGAAUUUUUUUAAAGUUUUUGUUGAUAUAAUAUUUAUGGCAGUUUGCAUGCUUAAAAUGUUGUAUAUACCGUCAAUUUAAUUUGUAGUUGGUUUAGUUAUUUACAAAAGUAGUAGGUUGGUAAAAUUUUUUGUGGAAUUUGAAGCAUCACCCUUUGUGUCUUCAUUUUACCAAGCAUAAAAAAAACAUAAGUGGCUAAAUAUAAUACUAAAAAGUUAGUUCCUACCACCACCUUCCUUUGCCCCUUCGUGGAAUGUCGUGUGUUUACAGGGUAUCCACACUCUGGAAGGUCAGGGAAUUUACUUUAAAACUUGGGAGAGUCAUGGAAAUCCCUUAGUAAUAGUAAUUUGAAGGGGAAAUGUCAUGCUUCGGUAUGCCAUCACCCAGACUUUGAACAAAUUUUUUUUCCAGAUUGUUUUUUUAGUGCAGUAGUACACACUUAAAAAUGAUGUAUACAAGAUUUCAUUAACUUUUACAGCAAUAGGGAUGGUGGAGGCUGGAAUGUCUUUAUUUCUUUCAGAAAAUUUUGAAAUAGGCAAAUUAUUUUUAAAAUAUUUUGUCAGAGAAAUUUUAACUCUGGUCAUGGAAAGUCACUGAAAAGUCAGGGAAAUUUUUUUACAGAUUUGUGUUGACAGUCACCCUGGUUAAGUAGCAAGUUCUUAUAGUUACAGUAAUUUAUUCACCUUAAAUGUGGUCAGACUUGAUGUAGGAUAAUUUACUUUAUCUGUGAUUGGCAUAACCAUCCUACGUGCAUUCACUUGUCUUGGAGAAAAGAUUUUAUGGUAUUAUUUUUAGAUUGAUUUCAAACAAGAGAUUUCGAUGUUAUUGUUUUUAAUUUUAUUAAUUCUAUGUAUUUGUAUUGAGUGUCGUAACUCGGUUUUUUUUUCAGGAAUGAAAGUGUGUUGCGUUAAUGCAAACUCGUUCCAGGGAAGUGGGAGGGGUUUAAGCCUCUUCCCGUCCUGCCCUCAUUUGAAAUAUCCCCUCCCCCCCUCCUUUCUCUGGAGGUAGGGUGUCAAAGCCUCAAAUUUUGCCUGAUAUAGGGAAAAAUCUAUCUACAUACAUAAAUGUAUGUUACAUAGCUCAGCAUUAUUGUAUGAGUACCACAAGUUUUGAAAUUUUAUUGCACACAUACCAUAUUUAUAUUUCUUAUAUUGCUUUCCUAUCAUCGGAUAGACUUAUUUUCCUUCCUUUUAUCGUGUGUGAAGUUUGUAGGAAGCCAUACUCCUUUGGUCUUUUAUGUCCGUUGGCGAUUUCUGGGGCUGCCUUCUGUUGGACGUGUUAGUUCCGCUCAUUGGAUAGAGCCCAACGGAGACACUGAUAAAAGUACAUGUACUGUUAUGUUAUUUGAAAUCAACGUACUUGUGCUAUAAAUUUAUACCAAUUUUUUUAUGAUUAUUAUUAUUAUUAUUUUUAUUCCUCUUAGCAGGCACAAUAUCAGAUCCAUUUAAAGUAAACUUUUCAAAUAUUAUCAUCUAAAACUUCUGUGUGAAACAAUAUUUGAUAUGACAAACCUUUUCUGCAAGGGAAGACCAAAUUGAGCUUGUAUAGCAAAAAAUGUAUUCUUAACAGACACAAUCUCUACCCUUUAAAAGUUUUGUAAAUAUUCUAAGUAUAAUCAAAUUCUUUUGCCAUCUUUUUUUUAAAUUAUCUAUACUUUCUUAAAAUAUUUGUGAUUUGUCUCUAAUAUUAUUUUUAAAAAAACAAACUGUUACUGCAGGGGUUAAAAAAAACAGGGGUUCAAAUGCAAAAAUAUUCACAACUUCCUUAGUAUGUACACUAUUAAAUCUAUUCUUAAUUGCUGCGAACCUUCUAAAUAUUAUCUAACAUUUCUCUCAAAAGUUAUUUCGGUACGUGCAAACAACUGAAAGUAGUGGAAAAAAACAGGGGUUGAAAUACAGAAAACUUUAUAACUUCUUUACUAUGAAUACUAGCAAAUCCAUUUUAAUUUAUUGUAAACCUUCUAAAUAUUCUCUAAAAGUUGCUCUGAAAUAAUAUUUUUUUUUUAUAAGCCAAACCAUUACUGCAGGGGUUGAAUAAACCGAGUUUGAAGGACCAAAAAAAAAUAUUCAUAAUUGUCCUACUAUGUACGCUAUUAAUUCCACCAUACCACCUUCCUCAUAGUUGUGGUGCUUGUUUUCCAAGUACCGUAGACCCAAGGGGGUUCACUUGCUGAGCAAGCCAGUGAAUAUUAUUAGUCUCGUCAUUACUUUUUUUAACCCUUUUACGGUAAGUGUUUGUUAUUAUUUUGCAUUGUUGUGGCAUUUGUUUACCACAAGCGGUGAUGUUUGUUUUUUGAUAGUACUUAUUUUGCCCAAAUAUUGUAAUUUUGACAGAUAUGUGAACCAUUUUUACAUUAAAAUAAUUUUAUAUGAGCAUGUCUAGGAGAUAAUUAACUUGGAAUUAAAGUGAAUUUCAAGCAUUUCGGUGUUUUAGAAAAGAACCAAUGUCAUAGAAAAGAAUCAAGGUCAGUAAUUUUAAAUAAAUUAAGUAAAAUUAAUUUUUUGUCUCGAUUUAGUCCAUAUAUGUUGGUAUGAUUUUCAUGCUAAAUAAAGACAUUUCACUUGUUAAAGGAUUACAUUUUUGUAAUUUUAGUUUUGUCAAAAUGCUGAUUAUUUUAAAGAUAUUAGUUGCUAUUGUUUGCUAUGUUACAUGAUGUAUUAACUUGCAUUUUGGUGUUACGUGAGGUAUUGUAAUGAUUUUCUGUUCUUUUUCCCUUUUAUCAUAAUCACAACCAUAAAAUCUUGUCCCUAUUCGUCAGUAACCAUUUUUAUCAGGAGGAUAUAGUGUUAUGGUGUUAGCUGUGACUACGAUGUAUAAUUGAGUGCUGUAUACAUUCCAGAUAAUACCUAGCUCUUUAAGACAAAGUUCUCAAAUGUUUCAAUCAUGAUUUUUACAUCCUUCGUUUUCACGAACAAUGCUAGGACUGGCCUAUGUAAGUUAAUAGCAAAUUUUUCAAAUUCAUAAAUGUUUGCAAUGUAAGAGCUAUCUAAUGGUGUUUUGAGAUUAAGAAAUGAUUUUUGAGAUUUCUUGUAUGUAGUUCAGUAAUGUUAGGACUUAUUUUGGUGUUCAAGGUACACUUUGUUUUACUGGGGCUGCUACGUAUAAAAUUUAAUUGUAAUACACCCGCCUCUCAAAGUAACGCUGUUCGAUUUGCCUGGUUUUUAAGUAAUGACACCAAUGGAUUACGGCAUGAUUUGGAUUAGCACUGCCAUAGGUAAAGUAGCAUGCUUUUUCAUCUACAUAAAAAAUUUUUUUUGUGAAUGCACAAUGGCAACUUAACUUGUGUGACAUUAAACACAAUACAACAAACUGAUAAUAUGGCAAAUCAAUAAAUGAUGGUUUUCCCUUUCCUUAAUAGCUAUUUUCUUUCUUCACUGCCUAUUCACGUGAGGGCAAUUAAAAUGGUAAAAUUAUUUAAAUUAAGCAGAAAUAUCUUCAAUGCCAAUGUAUUUUCAGGUAAUGUUUACGUUAUCCCAUCACGCAAGUUAGCAGCAGCUUUGGUGAGAAGGACUUGAAGCUUUUCAGGGCUAGUUUACCUCACGCCAAGAAGGAUGUGCUAUUGCAAGUAGCGAUUCAUGGCAGACAUGCAUUUAGUAAACAAUAGUGUUAACAGGUUCAUUAAUCUUUCUUUUUUAUAGAAUAAAUGCUAAAUUUAUGCUUCUUGAAUCCUAUGAAUCUUAGAACCAUAUCUUUUAUACAGUUAAAAAAUUAGUUUGCAACUCUGAAAUGUUAGCGCCUACUUAGUAAAAAAAAAAAUGUUAUUCCAAUUGUCUGUUGUUUAUGCAGUGUUAUUUAAUUUCAGAAUUUUUAUUUGUCAAAAUGUACAUAAUUGAAACAUUGAUUUUAAUGUUUAUUGGACAUAUAAUUAAUACUGCAAAUUAAUUUUAUGGGAGCUGUAUAUUAAUUAAAAUGGUAAUAAAGAAGCACACUUCCAUUUCGUAGUUGGAAACCAGAUAAGUAGUUUUACUAAUAUACUUUUUUAUGCAAAAAAAAAUCUUUGAUUAGCACUAUUUUCUUGGAGCAAAUUAGGGCAUUUCUUUGAGGGGUAGGUGUACUAUGUAUCAUAGCUAUGUAUUUGUUGCUGAAUGUUAAAAGUACAAUUUUCUCAUCACUGAAUCUUAAGUUUUCCAAGACUUAAACUAUUGAGAUUAUACUAAUUUAAAAACCAUUUUUUUUUGUGAAACGUAAGUGAAAACACCCUUUUAAUUGAAUUUAUUUGACAUAAAAUCACUUUUUAAUAAAUGUUGACUUACAUAACUGUCAUGGCACAAUUAUUUCCUUUUUAUUUGCUCGUCAGCUAACAAACUUUUGGUUUCUGCAGUAAGAGUUGAUUAUUGUAAAACUCUUGAGGUUAAAUUUUUGUGAAUGGGAACUCUUGUUAGAAGUUGCACUCAUAAUGCAGGAGUUGUGUUGGCUGUUCAAGUUUCAAAAAUUUUAUUGGACUGUUUCUGUAAAGGUUUUACAUUUUAUAUAUUUUGCGUUGUAAUAAUAGUGUUGUGUACCAACUAGUUUAUGAAGUUGUAAGGUACUAAACUUAUAAAAAUUAAAUAAAAAAAGAUCAUGGUGAUUUAAUGUGAAGAAA